AUGGGGAAAACAGAUAACAAAUCCACAAUCUCUGAAUUUCUGCUCCUGGAAUUCUCAGCGAUUUGGGAACUGCAGAUUCUACAUUUUAUUUUAUUUCUGGCAUUGUACUUAGCCACAGUAACAGGAAAUCUUCUCAUCAUUGUUGCUGUAGCUUCUGACCACCACCUUCACACUCCCAUGUAUUUCUUUCUGAUGAAUUUGGCCAUGCAAGACAUAGGCUCAGUGUCAGCCAUUGUCCCCAAAUCUAUGACCAAUUCUCUCAUGAAUGUCAGACAGAUCUCCUAUUCUGGAUGUGUCGCUCAAGUCUUCUUGUUCGUCUUAUUCCUUGGAGCCGAUGUUGCCCUUCUAACAGCCAUGGCAUAUGAUCGAUAUGUUGCCAUUUGCAAUCCACUGCAGUAUGAAAUGGUGAUGAACAGGAAAGCCUGCAUCCAGAUUAUUGCCAGUGCCUGGAUCAGCAGUGUGUUCAAUGCAAUGUUACACGCCACUGGAACAUUUUUAACCCCUUUCUGCUCAAAGAUUGUCAAUCAGUUCUUCUGUGAAAUACCAAAGAUGCUGAAGCUUGCCUGCUCUGAUAUAUAUCAAAUUGAAAUUGGAUUGGUUGGGUUCAGUGUUAGCAUUGUGUUAGGCUGCUUUAUCUUUAUCUUUGUAACUUAUGUACAGAUCUUCACAGCAGUGCUGAAAAUCCCUUCUGCACAGGGAAGGCAAAAGGCCUUCUCAACUUGUCUUCCCCAUCUCAUUGUCCUCUCCACCUUUUCAUUCACUGGAAGCUUUGCCUACUUGAAACCAACCUCAAAAACCCCAUCAUAUCUGGAUCUGGCAUUUACCAUCAUAUAUUCAAUGGUCCCCCCUUUGCUAAAUCCAGUAAUCUACAGCAUGAGAAACAAGGAAAUAAAAAAUGCCCUCUCAAAGCUGUUCUUCUCUAGAUAA